AUGCGGGUCCGCCCUCCACGUCUCAGGCUAAAGCCACAAACACGGCAGUAUUCAAACAGCGCAGCACGCAAUAAUGCAAAGACAAAAUCCAGUUCGACGCCAAAGUUUGAUAUUUCGCCUGCGACCGGACAACUUUUGCUUAUUGGCGGAGUUGUGGGUUGGGGAAUAGUAGCUGGACUUUCUAUACGGUCACAACUAGAAGAGGAGACCUGGUAUGAAGGCCUCAAACACUCUUGGUUCACGGCCAAGCCUACACCAAAUGUCACCAAGGCCAUUUCAAUGUUGAAAUCCGUUUUCCCGGAGCAAGGAAGGCUUCUCACUGAUGCAAAGGUCCUUACCUCAGAUGCGGCUACACAAUUCUUAGCGUAUAUCGGAAGUGAGGCCGCUCUUCCUCAUAAAGCCAUUGUCUUCCCUCAAAGUACCGAGGAUGUCGUCAAAAUUGUCAAGAUUUGUAAAUCUUGCAAUGUAUCAAUUGUUCCUCGAGGAAGUGGGACUGGAUUGGAGGGGCACGCAAGCGGCACAACAGGAGACUCUAUAUGCAUCGACCUUUCACAAAUGGAUAGGAUAAUACAUAUAAACGUUGCUGACAGCGACCUCACAUGUCAAGCUGGAGCGACAUGGGAUGGUGUCAACGAAAUACUCCGGAAAAAGGGGAUUCCUCUAUUCUUUCCAUUGGAUCCUGCAUCAGGAUCUAGCCUUGGAGGUAAUCUGUCUACGAGCUGUUCAGGACCCAACGCCGUACGGUACGGUACUGCAAGAGGAGAAUGGUUUCUCUCCGCUACUGUGGUUCUAGCUUCCGGAGAAGUGAUCAAGACCCGUCGCCGAGCGCACAAGUCCUCAGCCGGGUUUGACCUUACCCAACUGUUCAUUGGGGCAGAAGGUACAUUAGGGAUAGUCACCGAGGUGACCAUCAAGCUCGCCCCGGCUCUGCCGACCACGGUAGCACUCGCUCACUUUCCAAACGUCGAUUUCGCCUGCCGUGCAGUGGAUGCGUUGUUGAAGAGUCACUCAGGAAUGCACAUUCAAUGUGUGGAGCUGACAGACUCGACCUUUAUGAAAGCCCUCAAUCAUUCCUUGUCUCAGUCCGUGACAGACAGAGCCACCCGUUAUCCAGUAUCAGAUACGUUGUUCAUCAAGAUUCAAGGUAGCUCUAUCAUGCAGAACGAUACUUUGGCCGAUAUACAACGAACCCUGGCGCAGUAUGGAUGUGAGGACAUCCGAGUUGCUCGUGGAGAGGAGGAAGCGGAUGCGAUGUGGGGUCAUAGACGAGGAGCGCUUCCAGCUAUAUUGGGAUAUAUCGAGGGUAGCCAAGUAUGGUCCACAGAUGUCUGCGUACCAGUUUCAAAUCUCGCCAGCCUUGUACGACAGGUGCAAGAGGACGCUGCUAAAGCUGGUAUAAUAUGCCCGAUAGUUGGCCAUGUCGGAGAUGGAAACUUUCAUGCAGCACUGAUAUAUCGCAAUCCAGCCGAGUUUUCAAAAGUCAAGGAGCUCAGCCGGCGGAUUGUUGAACGUGCGUUAGAACUGGAUGGAACUUGCACGGGAGAGCACGGCGUCGGAGUUGGCAAAAGGCAAUAUCUAAUUCCUGAACUUGGAACUGGUACCGUGGAACUCAUGAAGGUGAUCAAAAAAAGGCUGGAUCCAACUAACAUGAUGAAUCCCGGAAAGCUUUACCCAUCUGAUUGA